GGAGCCCGCACUCUCCGGCGGGAAGAACCCGGAAGGACACCCUUGGACCUUGGCUCCAGACCUUCUCAAGAGAGCACAGGCGCCCUCGGCAGCUCAGCCCUCAGCACCGCCUGCAGAGAUGCCGCCCCAGCUGCACAACGGCCUGAACCUCACAGCCAAGGUCGUCCAGGGCGCCCUGGACAGCCUGCCCCAGGCCGUGAGGGAGUUCGUGGAGAGCAGCGCCAAGCUCUGCCAGCCCGAGAGCCUCCACAUCUGUGAUGGCUCCGAGGAGGAGAACAGGCGCCUGCUGGCCUCCAUGGAGGAGCAGGGCCUGAUCCGGAAGCUGAGCAAGUACGACAACUGCUGGUUGGCUCUCACGGACCCCAGGGAUGUGGCCAGGAUUGAAAGCAAGACAGUGAUCGUCACCCAGGAGCAGAGAGACACAGUGCCCACCCCCAAAACCGGCCUCAGCCAGCUGGGCCGCUGGAUGUCGGAGGAAGACUUCGAGAAAGCGUUCAACGCCAGGUUCCCAGGGUGCAUGAAAGGCCGCACCAUGUACGUCAUCCCCUUCAGCAUGGGGCCGCUGGGCUCGCCUCUGUCGAAGACGGGCGUCGAGCUGACCGACUCGCCCUACGUGGUGGCCAGCAUGAGGAUCAUGACACGCAUGGGGACGCCCGUCCUGGAGGCCCUGGGGGACGGGGAGUUUGUCAAAUGCCUGCACUCCGUGGGGUGCCCACUGCCUCUGAACAAGCCUCUGGUCAACAACUGGGCCUGUAACCCGGAGCUGACGCUCAUCGCCCACCUGCCUGACCGCAGGGAGAUCAUCUCCUUCGGAAGUGGGUACGGCGGGAACUCACUGCUCGGGAAGAAGUGCUUCGCCCUCAGGAUGGCCAGCCGGCUGGCCAAGGAGGAAGGGUGGCUGGCCGAGCACAUGCUGAUUCUGGGUAUCACCAACCCCGCUGGGGAGAAGAAGUACCUGGCCGCUGCGUUUCCCAGCGCCUGUGGGAAGACCAACCUGGCCAUGAUGAACCCCACUCUGCCAGGGUGGAAGGUCGAGUGUGUGGGAGACGACAUUGCCUGGAUGAAAUUUGAUGACCAAGGAAACUUAAGGGCCAUCAACCCAGAAAACGGAUUCUUUGGUGUCGCUCCGGGAACCUCUGUGAAGACAAACCCCAACGCCAUCAGAACCAUCCAGAAGAACACCAUCUUCACCAAUGUGGCCGAGACCAGCGACGGCGGCGUCUACUGGGAGGGCAUCGACGAGCCGCUGGCCCCCGGCGUGAAGAUCACUUCCUGGAAGAACGAGCAGUGGAGCCCCCAGGACGGGGAACCGUGUGCCCACCCCAACUCGCGGUUCUGCACCCCUGCCAGCCAGUGCCCCAUCAUUGAUGCUGCCUGGGAGUCCCCGGAGGGCGUGCCCAUCGAGGGCAUCAUCUUCGGAGGCCGCAGACCUACCGGUGUCCCUCUCGUGUACGAAGCUCUCAGCUGGCAGCACGGGGUGUUUGUGGGUGCAGCCAUGCGAUCGGAGGCCACUGCAGCUGCAGAACACAAAGGCAAAGUCAUCAUGCAUGACCCCUUUGCCAUGCGGCCCUUCUUUGGCUACAACUUCGGCAAAUACCUGGCCCACUGGCUGAGCAUGGCCCACCGCCCGGCAGCCAAGCUGCCCAAGAUCUUCCACGUGAACUGGUUCCGGAAGGACAAGGAAGGCAGGUUCCUGUGGCCGGGCUUCGGCGAGAACUCCAGGGUCCUGGAGUGGAUGUUCAACCGGAUCAACGGCGAGGACAGCGCCCGGCUCACGCCCAUCGGCUACGUCCCUAAGGAGGACGCCCUGAACCUGAAGGGCUUGGGGAACGUCAAUGUGAAGGAGCUCUUCGACCUCUCCAAGGAGUUCUGGGAGAAGGAGGCGGCCGACAUCGAGCAGUACCUGGAGGAGCAGGUCAACGCCGACCUGCCCUACGAGAUCGAGAGGGAGGUGCUGGCGCUGAAGCAGAGAGUCAGCCAGAUGUGAGCGAGCGCAGGCGCCCCGGAGCCGCCCCUCCCACCCGCCAGAUGGGAAGCCAGGGAAGUGCGGGGAGCGUGGCCACGCCCCCGUCCACGUCCACACCCGCGUCCACACAUGGGUCUGAAAGACACAAAGACACACUUCCGUGUUUCAGACAGGAACCCCAGAGAACAGGCUGGUAGCCAAGGAGAACGGGGAGUGAAUGUUAGCACCUCUGAACCUCGCUUCUGCUGUGUGCUCUGUUCAGCUGUAGGGCCGCGCAGGCGUUUAGAUUUCUAGUUGUUCACUGGAGCGACGUUGGUUAGCUAGGACGCAGAGAAUACACUUGAGCUGUAUAUACUUGAGCUGUGUGUGUGUGUGCAUGUGGGGGGGGGGAGGGGGGUACUGGUACGUGUGGACCUGUGUUUGUACUGUUAUCCAAAAUAUAUUUAAAACCUUUGGAAAAACAAUCUGGGGCAAGAUUAGCUGCUAGUUGUUUCUAGAAAGAAAUGUGGCUUUGUUAUGAAUACGUGUGUUAAAUUAUUUUUAUAUACCACCGUUCCUCACCUCUACGUAAUUGGAUCUGUCCCCUGACCACUUGGGGGGAAAUCAUGAAAUAAACUUUUAUAGAAAAGA